AUGACAGCACCUCAAAAUCCAAUCGCUAGAGCCAUUUGGGAUGGUGCCUUGCCAAUUAAAUUUUCUUUAGAUACUGACGAGGCUGAAGCAUUAGGCGUAGAAACGAUUGAACCUUAUUUUAUAGAAGCACCUCGUUGUUCGUAUUUCCCACUAUUAACAAGUGUAAUAAGAAAAUACUUUCGUGAUAUGGCGAUGAAUUUUAUUGUUGAUGAUGCAGAAAUAUGGUAUGAUGUUGAUGGAACACCUUUGAAAUGUCCUCCGCCAUUACCUUGGUCUGUAACUGUUCAUUUUAAAGACUUUCCUGCAGAUAAAUUAAUAAGAGCUCAGGCUAUUGACGCUACUCAAGAUUUUUUCAUGUCUAUGAUUAAAGAAGUAGGGGCAGAUUUUCUUAGAAAUGGCACAACAAAAAAAGUAAUGAACUUAUCAAAAAAUGACCAAACACAGCUUUGGGAUGGAUUAUGGUCUAAGGAUUAUGAUAAAUUUUGGAGCGUGAAUUAUCGUUUAGUGAUUAAUGAUGGCCAAGUUCCAAGACAUAUUCCACUUCGAAUAUAUUUACCUGAUAAUUGUCCAGUAAUACAAGAAGCAAUAUCUCCUUUAAACGAAGAUGGAAUUGUUCCUAAUGACAAAGGAAAAAUAAUAGAGUUGGAAAGCAAUAAUGAGUUACCAGGUCUCUAUGUAUCAGGAUGGCUAAAACGAGGUCCACAAGGAGUUAUAGCUACAACAAUGUAUGAUGCAUUUGAAACAGCUGAAACAAUAAUAUCUGAUAUACAACAGAAUAAACCAAUGUUAUCAGGAUCAUUAUCUCAUCUAGAUGAUAAUUCUUCAUCAUCACCUAAACCUGGCAUAAAUGCCAUAUUGCCCAUUCUUAAAGAACGCGGC